AUGCAGACGUUCCUGCCAUUCCUGCUGGUUUGGGAUGAAUCAAAGACGGUUCUAGAGAAUCUUCAGGCCUGCUUUCGGCUUACGGCCCAGCUGCUCGAUAACAAGCGCACGGGCAAGCAGCGCGUAGAGGCCAUGCAGCUGCUCAACAUCCUUCUCGGACGCAACGCAGACUCCUCCUGGAAGCGCCACCCUGUGCUGCAUAUGUGGAAGCCGUGGACAGAGGCGCUCAAGCUGUACUACAACUGCUUCCUCGAGGAGUGGAUGGCGCGCGGCUUCGUGAACAACCUCCCGCUCGAGGACAUCGACGAGGAGGCGCUGGCCGAGCAGGGCAUCCCACCCUUCCUCUCCAACAAGCACUUUAAGUACGAGUGGGGUGUGGAGCCCAGGCAGGGCUACUACUGGUACCUCGACGGCGUCUACAUUCUGACCAAAUACGGCAAGCGGUAUGAGUCGGAUCUGUCCGGUGAUCAGGCACCACCGGAGCCAGAACCACCGGUGAGGAAGCGAAAGCCGCGGGUCAAGAAGGAGGUGAAAGAGGAGGAGGAGGAAGAGGAAGACGAGGAGGCGGCGCGAUCCAAGAAGAAGCGGAAGAAGGACAACAAGACAAAGGUCAAGAAGGAAGAGGCGCUCAAAGAGGAGGAGAAGGAGGAAAGAGGAAACGGCGAUGAUGACGACUUCAUGCCGCCCAAGAAGCCGAAGAGGAGACGGGAGGUGAAGGUCAAGGUGGAGAAAAACGAAGAGGACGAAGAAGAUGUUGACAACAACGUCUCAGAGAAGGGCAAGGAACGAGAUGACGAUGAUGAUGGAGAAGAACAACAAUCGAUCAAGACAGAGGAGGAGGAGGAGGAAGAGCCCAAGCUGCGGCGAAGGGCCAAACGAAAGCCGAACGUGAGCGAGCUGGUGGCUUCGUUUGCCUUCCCGGCCACCACCAGCACCAGCACCUCGCGGCGAGUGGCCAAGCGAACAAAGCGAGGCGAUGCGACGCUACUGUCUGCUGAUCAGAUCGCCGCCCUCGACUGA